AGAGAGAGAAAGAGGCGCUCGAUCAAUUCCUCGGCAGCCCCUUUCUCGCGAGGGGGCUGCUGAAGUGUGGCAGCUGCCCGAGGGAAAAGGGGGGCCGGGGCGGAAGGGCGGCCGCGCGUUCCCCUCAUCCCGGGAGAGUCAGGCGAGGAGAGCGCGGCGUUCCCGCGGGGUCUCCGCACCUCGAUCCUCGGGCGGGGCGGCGGAUUCAGCCCGUUGGGGCCCGGCUGCCCGGACUCGAACUGGUGCGCUUGGAAAGGGAUCGGGUGAUCGCCGAGCUUCCCGGCGAAUCUUGUUCCAUUUCUCGGCGACCGUCUGGCCUUUUGCGAGCGGCACGCCCGCCGCCCCGUCUGAUUUGGGGAGGGGGCGCCGCGCACCUCUCACGUGGAAAGAGGGUGUGAAUGGACGUCCCAGGCGGGGUCGAUAGGACUUUCUUUCCCCAAACGUCCCCUCCUCCUUCCGCCCCCAGACACCCGGGAGUGGUGGCACAAAUUUGUAAGCUAAUGGCAGUCUGUAAUUAUUUGCUUUGCUAAAUGCUUGACACGGAUUGUUGUGUAUCCCGAGGGCAGGGAACGUUUAAACCAGGGACUUUACAAGAGGCAGGAAUUCAGGCAGUGUUUAGAGAGCGGGAGUUUUUGGAUACGAGUAGAAGGAUAUUCCUGUCAGCGCAGUCUACCUGAGAGAGAGAGAGAGAGAGAGAUUUGCUCAGCAGACAAAAUGAUUGACACCCGUAAAGUCUGAGGACUCCGUUUCCAGAUUGGAGAGAAGAAGAAACGGGAAGCCGGAGACAAUCCGUUCAGAAUGGACUUCCAGUUUGUGCUGUUUUUUGUGGGUGCCAUUGCGCUUGUGGACUCGGCAAGAGGCCCACCCAGAAUUGCUGAUAAGGUGAUCCAUCGGCAAUCUGUGCGAUUAGGAAGAACUAUUAAGCUCCUUUGCCCAGUGGAGGGUGAUCCACCACCACUUACUAUGUGGAUGAAGGACGGUCGAACCAUCCAUAGUGGGUGGACAAGGUUCCGAGUCCUCCAGCAAGGUUUGAAAAUCAAGGAAGUGGAAAAUGAAGAUGCAGGAACAUAUAUCUGCAAGGCCACCAACGGUUUUGGCAGCAUGAAUGUGAACUAUACCCUCAUUGUGAUUGAUGAUGCCAGUUCAGGAAGGGAGAGUUUAGCACCUGAAAGGCCCAACAGUGAGUCUGAAGAUCACUCUGGAAAGCUGUGGGCUCGACCUCGGUUUACUCAGCCUGCCAAAAUGCGACGGAGGGUGAUCGCUCGACCAGUGGGCAGUUCGGUACGCCUCAAAUGCAUAGCCAGUGGGAAUCCUCGACCUGAUAUUACUUGGCUAAAAGACAAUAAGCCUCUUACCCCACAGGAGAUUGGUGAGAACAAAAGGAAGAAGUGGACUCUGAAUUUGAAAAACCUGAGGCCUGAGGACAGUGGGAAAUACACUUGUCGUGUCUUCAACAGAAUUGGGGAAAUCAAUGCUACCUACAAAGUUGAAGUGAUCCAGAGGACAAGAUCCAAACCCGUUCUUACAGGGACCCACCCUGUGAACACAACUGUAGACUAUGGAGGGACAACUUCGUUUCAGUGCAAGGUGAGGAGUGAUGUCAAACCCGUCAUUCAGUGGCUGAAGAGAGUGGAGUAUGGCACUGAGAACAAAUACAAUUCCACCAUCGAUGUUGGAGGACAGAAAUUUGUAGUGCUUCCCACAGGGGAGGUUUGGUCUCGCCCAGAUGGCUCCUACCUGAACAAACUCAUGAUCACAAGAGCCAAAGAAGAAGAUGCUGGGAUGUACAUCUGCCUGGGUGCGAACACGAUGGGAUACAGCUUUCGAAGUGCAUUUCUUACUGUGCUGCCAGAUCCCAAGCCACCCAGCCAACCUGUGGCUCCCUCGUCUGCUAGCAACCUCCCGUGGCCCGUGAUCAUUGGGAUCCCCGCUGGGGCCGUCUUCAUCUUUGGAACCAUCCUUCUGUGGCUCUGCCAAACCAAGAAGAAGCCGUGCUCUCCUCCAGCAGCAGCUCCCAUCCACCGGCCACAUCCUCGAGACCGGGCCUGUGUGCCUCCGGUCCCGGACAAAGACUGCAUCUCCUCCAUCAACUAUGAGGAAUACGUUGCACAACAGCAGCAGCAGCACUUGCUAGGCCAAGGGUCAGCCCUGGCCCCAAACAUGGCUUCCAAAAUGUACCCAAAGAUUUACACAGACAUCCAUACUCACACUCACUCACACGUGGAAGGCAAAGUCCACCAGCACCAGCACAUUCACUACCAGUGCUAAAACAGCAGCCAUGCGCGGUGCUUAUCUUACGGUACUAACUUUGAAUCAGCCUAUACUGCCAAGGUGUGUGUUGGGGGUUGGUGGGAGGGAGGAGCCAAAUUAAAAUCAAACCAAAAGGGGGGGGGAAGGAGACAAAUGCGGAGUGAGAUUUUUUGUGUGUGUGUGUUGUUUAUUGUUACUGUGACAAGGAAUAAUGAAGGAAUUCCCAAAGGGCAGAGGCACCUACUUGUACCCUUAGAAACCAAAAAAAAGCAAAACAACAACAAAACAAAAAGGCUGGCUAAGGAAGGGAGAGGAAGCCAAAGUCUGUUCGCCUUCCCUUUUUCUAUUGCUGCUUCUGCUCUUUAGCCACCUGCGGAAAUCCAAGGCUCCCAGGACUUCUUCCUCUGGAACGCGCACAAAAGGCCCUUUUCCUUCAGAAGGAGUGAAGGCACGAAAGUACCAGAGGCCCAGUACCAAAGCAACACCAGACACAGAAGCAUUUAAGUGGCCUUACAAAGAGGACAAACAACAUUGUGACAGUUUCCAGGAAACACACACACACACACAUAUAUGUUCCUGGAAAACCCUGAAAAGGGUCACCAUAAGUCAGAAUUGACUUGAUGGCAUAUGAUUUAUAUAUAUAUUUCGUAAUGCUGCCUGAUGCUUAGCAAUAACCAAGCUAGUCAUAAAUGGGUGCUCCUCUUUCACCAGAGGGCCUUCCUGUAAACCUUAAAAGGGCUUAGCUCCCCUUCCCCCAACUACCACAAAAAAGAAGGACAUUAUACAUCUCACUUUUAUAUUUAUAUUUAAUUAUAAUAUUGAUGAUGAUAAUAAUUGAACUGCUGAUUUUUUUUUUCCAAGCAUACUCAUUGUACUGCCCUUAAAUGCUAGUGAUCAGAUUUCCUUGGGUUGUAAUGGCAAAUGUACGAGCUGACGUAGUAUCACAAAGCAGAUUUUAAAAUGUUUUUAAACAGUCUGUGACCAGGGAAUAAUGAAUUUGCUGAAGAUGCACUUGUGGGCAUGGGGAGGGGGAGGGGGGGUGUGUUUGUUGAUUCAUACAAUCUCAUUUCAAUUCAGUUUUGAUUGCAGGGGAUGGGGGAAAUUAGUGAAACUGGACCAUAUUAAAUAUCCAAGUGGACUAAAAGUGAAUUCAGUCAAAGAACUAAACCUUUUUAAUUCUAUAUAGAGUUUAAACAGAAGACGUGUAUAUUUAAUUUAUUUUGUUAAAACAAAAAGAAAGAAAAAUGUAUGAUAUUUUCCUCAAAAACAGGCAUUUCUAUACAUAUUUUGGUCAGGAAAGAAAAGAUUUUUCCAGGUUACUAUAGAUGCCAUGCUCUUAAAUAUGAGAAAUGUAGCUUUAAAUAGUAUUUUAUUUAGCAUCUUGAAUGUCAUAUAUUUGUAUGGAUUGUUACAAUAGGUACUUACUAGGUUUCUUUUUCUAGAUGACUCUCUUGUGUUCUUUUCUGUUUUUGCCCUCAAGACAGUUUAUUCUUCAAGCCUUGUUCCUUGUACAAAAGAAACCAUAGAUAUUCAACCAUGCAAAAUCCAAGGGCCUUUAAGCAAAACAGCACUAUGGUUCAAUCUGGCAGUGCCAGGGUGAAUGGGUUGUUUGGUGAGGUAAUAUAUUAGAUGGUGCUCAAUAAUUUUUUUCAUGAAACUGUCAACUAUCAAAUAACUAAGCUUAGUACUUUACUUUGUACACAUAUGUGACACAUAUAAGGCUUAUUCAGGUAAUGCAAACAGCUGUCAACUUGCACCACUGUCAGCUCACGCUGUCAAUUGUACAUCAAUAUCGUGUUGCUGGGGAAAUACGAUUUCUUCCAUUAGAGGUUCAGGAGUAAGCCCUGUUUUUUUAAAAAAAAAUGGUUCCAAAAGUGCCACAGGCCUCUUGAUGUCACUAGUGAUAUGACGAACCUUCCCCUGCUGUUCAGAUCCAUACCAUGUUGUGACUUUAAAAAAAUCCUUAGUGAUUCUGUUUUUUCUUAUUAUCUAAUUCUACAAGUGGUGCACAUUUGAAGUCGUUGGUUUUAACUAAAGGAAAACUAUGCCAAGAUUCAGCAAUAUCCACACACGUCGAGCUUGUGCCCUUCCCCUUUCCCCUCUCAUAGCAACAGAGUUGUUGCCUUCCCUCUCCCCUGAUAAAUCCAUGGGAGCCUUUUGUGUCGGGCUUUCCCUGGAAGAUGACUUCCCUUUUUUUUCACAGAGAGAGGGAGAGAGAGAUCACGGUGUUCUUUUCUGCCACAAAGUUCACCUUUGCAACUCAUCUCCUAAGAACUGAAAGAGCAACAAGGGGAGUGGGUUAGGGGUUGUGCUGAAAUCAUCCACUGAUGAACUCCUGCUAACUGCUACAGGCUGGAUGUACCAUUCCAUGGAACGUAAGAGUAGGAGUUUCACUGUUGAGCCAGUUUUUCUGUGAGCCUGGCCUGUAAGCAGCUAUUCCAUCAUUCCAACUGACACUGGAGACAGGAGGGUGGAGAUAUGUCUGUGCUUUAUGGUUUAGAGAUGAGGUUACAAAAAGAGAAAGAGAAGUGUUAGAAUUACUGAGAAAUGAGGAUUGGUGUUAUUGUUGACUGGUUGGAGUUUGGAGAAAUAAAUGUUAAAAAUAAUUUAAAUAAUGUUUCAAAGCUUGUCAUAGUUAUAUAUGGAACACAGAUGAAAAUGGGAUCGCACAAUUAAACUUUGAGGUUCACACAUGGCCUUGUCCAUGCCUCCAUACUUUACCAUAGCCCUCCUCAUGCUUAACCCCUCAAACGAUCAAUUGACCCUCUUGGCCAGUAUUCUGUCUGUGCCAGAGCCGUGCACCAACAGAAGUGCCUCUGGAAUCACACUGCCACCUCAGCAGUUCUGCAGCUACCACAGGCACAAGAAUGAGUUGCGUGACAGGAUUUUGGCCUCUGGAUCCUUUGGUAUCUAAGUUCGAUAGUUUUGAUAUGGACACCUGUAUCUUGAAGCACAAUUCAGCCUUACCAUUCAUUGGCAAACCUACCAUCCACCACCCACACAUAUUGACUUCAAUAGGGGCGGAGGAGAUUUACAGUCUUUUGAGACUGGCAUUGAGGAUGUUAUAUAGACAACAAAGCAGUAGUUCCCACUGGGAAUUUAGCAAGUUUCCCACAAAACCUAAGAAAUUAUAUAAUCGAGCUGAAACCAUGACUGUAAUUUGUCGUGUUUAGUGGCCCUGCCAGUAGUGUAAAUUGUACUUGUAUCUCUCAGGUUAACACAGUGAGAACUGUACUUUGUACAUGUUUUCUUCUGCUAAAAUGCCACAGCUGUCUUGCAAAACAUUUCCCUUACACAUGGAAUACAGUUGCCUGCUUUAAUGAUUCCAUUUUAACACUAAGUCCAUCAAGGUUUUGUGACAGAAAUAGCUUCUGUUUAGUGUGAGGAAGGCCACUUUCUCCCAGAAAACCUGGUAGAAAUGUGGAAGUACCAGGAACAUCCAGUGCCAUUCAGUGCAAAAUUUAUCCUUGGUUUCUUAUAUAGAAAGCCAUGGGUAGCAAAUUCUCUGUGUGCCAGCUGAGAUAGUGAAUACAUCUUGUGAGCCUGAUCCUCUGUAUUAUUACUCAGAAAGAAGUCCCAGUAUUCAGUAGACCUUUCUGAAAGGUAAGCAUGUUUAUAAAUAUUGAGUGAGUUUGACUUCUUUUAUGGGAUGGAGGCUUGUAUUCCAGUCCUGAAGCAGAAAAAUGGAGAGUACAUCUUAUUGAAUUAAAUUGAAUAUCUUGGUUAAGAUUUCACUGUGUAUAUCAUGAAGGUCUAUGGACUGCAUUCGUGCAUAUUCUUGAGGCUUUUUGAGAUGCAGGUUGCUUUCAGGGAUUCACAGAUCCUCCAGGACAGGGAACAAGAAACGUAGCCACAAUAUUCAUUGUUCUUGUUCUUAUUUACAAUGGUACACUAUGUUUCAGCAUAGCAUAUUGUGCCAAGUUUUGUCUUCCACUGUCCUGGAGAGACAAUACAUGGCAAAAUAAUGUGACUUCAUGUCUUUUAAUAUAUGUGAAAGAUAUUGCUUGUCAACAUGUCUGCCAUAAGCAACCAGCAUUUCCAGUGGAUGUAGCAUAAUGAGCUACACAGAAAUGUUACCUGUUUAGCCCUAACCUUCAGGUUAAAGGUGGUCAAGCUUCAAACAUAAAUUGCUUGUCAAUAUGGUUUGUUUGUAAAACUGAAUUUGGUGUCAAAUAUUUGUGUUUGUGAUAUCUCUCCAUUUUGUUUUGACAAUCUUGUACUUUUCAGCCUUGUCAAGGUGAAAGCUUUAUCAAAAAAUGCAAAUUAAAAAAGUGUGAAAUCUUUAA